UUAAAACACAUGAAAAAUAACAUUGAGAAUGAGGACUCAUUUUGUAUAAAAGCACUUUCUCUGUCAUUUUGUCAGUCUAAAUAGUUAUGAAAUCAUACAUGAAGAGCUCAGGCGUUAUGUUUUACAGUUAAGUAUUAGUGAAGAGUGGAUGAAUUGUCCAAAUACUUUUUUGUGUGUGUGUGUGUUGUAUCCAGUAUAUCACUAUGCAAAGGUUUACAGAAAUACAUGCUUUUCUGAAAAGGCACAAACAGAGAUAUAAGAUAAUAUGCAUUUAUUUAUUAUAUGUUAAGUUAUUCAUUAUAGAUUAGAUGUAGAAGUAUUUCUUAUCCUGCUCCUAAUGUUAGUGUUACAGCUAAUAUUUCUCAGUUGCUGUUAGCCCUCUGAACAACAGACAUUCAUGAAGCUUAUGUUAUGUUUGGCCUUUAGUGAAUGUACCAUAACCUCUGUAGAAUGUGUGACUGAGGUGUCAUGGCUCUUCACACCUCUAUACUAAUUACUGAAACCUCAUCUUUGGUGGAACUGUCAUACUUUAAUGUUCAAAGAGAGUUCAAAACAAGAGGCUCAAGGAUUCGUGAGCAUUUGGACCUCACUGAAGUUUAACCUGUUCUUCAUUGCAACAUCACUGGUGUGUUUAUCAUAACAAUAAACUGAAAACUGAAACAAAAAGAAGUGCAGAGUCACAGAGAGAGCUUGCAGUGUCAGACGUUCCCAACAGUUUUCUUCUCAAUGGCUCCUACCAUCCAGUGAGACCAGAUGACACUGAAGGUCGAAGGUGAUCCAGGCUAUGGCAGCGCAUCUGCUGGAGGUCGAUUCACUGAUCUGGACAGCUCAGAGACCGUACCUCUCCUCAUCCCAGACACUGAGCAACACCAGCACACCCGGAAGCACCUGAGCAGAGAAGAGCUGGAGAAGUGCGCAGGAGGACCAGAAUGGAAGAAGUUUCGUUCUCGUCUUGUGCUUUGCUUCUGGAUUGGUUGGCUGAUAAUGCUGUGCGCUGCAAUCACAAUAAUCAUUCAGAGCCCGCGGAUGGAGUCUCCUUCACUGCACUGGUGGCAGAGGGAUGUGUUUUACCGCCUGCAUCCUACACUCUUCAUGGAUGCAGACAGUGACGAGGUCAGCCGUAUCAGCAGGGUGUCCGAGCAGCUGCUGUAUCUGAAAUCGCUGGGGGUCGGGGCAGUGAUCCUGGAGGGGUUAUUCCGGCAUGACAUCUCUCCUACCAACCUGACAGAGAUUGACCAAAGUCUGGGCACACUUCCACAAUUCACACGGCUUAUCACAGAAAGCCGCAAAGCAGGUGUGAGAGUGAUGCUGGACCUUUGUGAGCUGGAUCUGUUUGAGCAGGAGUCGGGUAAUGACACUGAUGUUUGGUCAGGUCCAUCAGAGUACAUUCAAUACUCAUUAAGGUAUUGGCUGGAGCAUGGUAUAUCUGGGUUUGGGAUCUGUGACACAGACGCAGCCUUCUCUGCAAAGACCCUAAUGGAGUGGAAUGUGCUGAUACAAGAGUUCAGUUCACAAGAUGAUGAAAGAAUACUGAUGGUGAGGCAAACAGGUAACACUCUUCCAGCACUCAAUGUGUCCAGCAUUGCUGUCAAUGGUUCACUGGUGGAGCUGGUUACAAAGUCACUGAUCCCCCCAACACACCAUCCAUUGUCUCCCUCUGAGGUGGCUGAGGCCAUGGAGGCCAGUCUGCAGAUGCCACAAGGAAACUGGCCGAGCUGGACUGUGGGUGGAGGAGUACCAUGGGAGCUGCAGAGAGCAAUUCUAGUCCUGAUCAUGACUUUACCUGGGACACCCAUCAUCAAAUACGGAGAUGAAGUCAAUCCAGUUCAGGACCUGGAUCAGGUGAAUCAGCCUCUAGCCCUCUUCCAUUCUCUGAGUCAGUCACGUGCCCAUGAAGAGGCUCUACACUUUGGCAGAUUCACCUUCCUUUCCUUCAAUCACAGCAUGUCAUCCUCUGGCCUCAAUUCUACAGCCACACCUCCUUUAGCUUUCCUGCGCUCAUGGGGCUGUGUUCACUUCCUGGCCCUGUUUAAUUUGGGGUCUGAACCUCACACUCUGGAUCCAGACUGGGCUCCCAGCCUACCUGAAGGUGGGGUAUUUGUAACCAGCACAGGUCUUGACCGAUAUGGCCCCGUGUCUCUGAGGUCAAUAAAAAUAAAGCCACACGAGGCCAUUGUCAUAAAACUGUUUGAAUCUGACAACUCUUAAGAUGAAAAAAGGCUUGUGUUUGCUUAUUAAAACACUAAUGAUGUUUAGUUUUGGUUAGAUGUAACUAACAUUAAGUAUUUAUUACAACUAAAUUAAAUGAAUAAAUAUUGGCAGUGGGACUGGAGUGCACUUUGUUUCUUUGCAAAUAAUCAUAUAAAGAGAAACUAAUGCAAAUUUAAAUUAGGAUGUUUUUUCAAUUAUGGACACUUUUACAGUAUAUCCAGGUGUGGAU